GGCAACGAGGGCGAACAGCACACGUACGAGUCGCCUCCGGAAGUGACGUGAAAAGGGGCGCCCGGGACGGAGCCAUGGACCAGGAGGCAGCUGGGCCGCUGUCGGAGGAAACGCUCUCACUGUGGAAACGGGAGCAAGCUCGGCUGAAGGCCUGCGUCGUAGACCGGGACACUGAGGCGUGGCAGCGGGACCCCGCUUUCUCGGGUCUGCGGAGGGUCGGGGGCGUUGACGUGUCCUUCGUGAAAGGGGACAGUGUCCGUGCUUGUGCCUCUCUGGUGGUGCUCAGCUACCCUGAGCUCGAGGUGGUGUAUGAGAAGAGCCGCAUGGUCAGUCUCACAGCCCCCUACAUGUCGGGCUUCCUGGCUUUCCGAGAGGUGCCCUUCCUGCUGGAGCUUGUGCAGCAGCUGCGAGAGAAGGAGCCGGACCUCAUGCCCCAGGUCCUUCUCGUGGAUGGAAAUGGGAUGCUCCACCACCGAGGCUUUGGGGUGGCCUGCCACCUUGGGGUCCUUACAGACCUGCCUUGCAUUGGGGUGGCCAAGAAACUUCUGCAGGUGGACGGGCUGGAGAACGACGCCCUGCACAAGGAGAAGAUCCGACUCCUGCAGGCUGGAGGAGACUCGUUCCCUCUCCUGGGAAGCUCUGGAACUGUUCUGGGAAUGGCCCUGAAGAGCCACGACCGCAGCACCAGGCCCCUGUAUGUCUCCGUGGGCCACAAGAUGAGCCUGGAGGCAGCCGUGCGCCUGACGUGCUGCUGCUGCAAGUUCCGGAUCCCAGAGCCCGUGCGCCAGGCUGACAUCUGCUCCCGAGAGCACAUCCGCAAGGCCCUGGGACACACUGGACCCCCCACACCGAGGAGCCUGAAGGCGCAGAGGCCAAAGGCAUGCCCCAGAGGAGACUCCGGAGAGUCCACAGAGUUUCGCUCUUGUUACCCAGGCUGGAGUGCAAUGGCGCCAUCUCGGCUCACCGCAACCUCCGCCUCCUGGAUUCAGGCAAUUCUCCUGCCUCAGCCUCCUGAGUAGCUGGGAUUACAGGCACACGCCACCGUGCCCCACUAAUUUUUUGUAUUUUUAGUAGAGACAGGGUUUCACCAUGUUGACCAGGAUGGUCUCGAUCUCUUGACCUCGUGAUCCACCCGCCUCGGCCUCCCAAAGUGCUAGGAUUACAGGCUUGAGCCACCACACCCGGCAUGGUGUUAAUUCUUGUUAGAACCUUGGGUAGAAUUUGCCAGUGAGCCUAUCUGGUCCUGGUCUUUGGGCGGGUUUCGACUGCAGGUUCAAUCUCUGUGUUUGUUGUAAAUUGUCCGGAUUUUCUGUCCUGAGUCAGUGGCUAGCUUGUGUGUUUCUUGGAGCUUUUCCAUGUUAUCUAAUCUGUUGGUAUACCAUUGUUCAUGGCAUGUUCUUGAUGUGUGUGGGGUCGCUAAGAACGCCCCGGCCUUCACUCCUGCUUUUAGUCACUGACGUCCUCUUUUUCCUUGGGCCAUCCGGCUGUGCGUGGUUUUGGGAGAGUCCUCAUUGACUGCAGAUGCUGAGUGGUGACCUGGCUGUGAGAGGGGACCAGGAGUGCAGGGCCCCUGCUGAGAGCUCACUUAAGCCCAAGAUUCAGAGGGUCAGGGGCUUCAACCACAUCUGCCUGCAUGCCUUUCCCAGGCUCUCCCCACACAGACAGACAGCACCCCCUCCCCAAAGACCUGGCAGUUCCAGGGGGAGCAGGUUUCAGGAGGAGGAGAGGAGGACAGCAGAGGUGGUGUAGAACUCACGGGUGGCAGUUCCGGGCCUCUCAGGAAGCUUGGGAUUAAGCAGGGGUGGGGCUCCAAACCCUAAAGGGGGGGAGUUGAAGUGAAAGGCGAACUGGUAGUCCACGUGGGGUGCGGGUGUGUGCCAGGGCCCUCAGCCCCGCCUAUGGCCACAUCGACUGAAGGAGGAGAGGCUGGCAUGUCAGCAGCAAACCUGAGUAUGUGCUCAUCUCUGUGCGCCCUGACUCUGUGAUACCAGCUCUCCAGAGGGAUGCUUUGAACACAGGAAAGCGCACAUGGCCCCACGCCUCUUGCCUGAGUCACUAUAUUCCUUAAAAGAUGAAGGACCCUGGUCCUCGGCUUUUCCUGCACGUGGGAUCAUGUUGGCUGAGGUGAGCAGUUAAUGCCUCUGUAAUCUGCAACCAGAGGUGCUCUUGCACCCAGCCCUUGGUGGGAUUCUGCUGUAACGUAACUUCACAGCCAGCUGGAUAGAUGUGACUGUGCAGCUCCUGCAUUCUGGCACCCGCAUCCAGCAGGGGCUGAAACGCUGAGUUGGGCAGUCAGACAGGACCUCUCUAAGGCUGCUCCCGGGCUGGAGCCUGGGUCUAGGGUCCUCAGUAAGACUUUUGAAUAAAACUAACUUGAAUUCUUGAAAAGCUUGAUUUUUUUUUCUUCAGCCAUAAGCAGUUUGCUGAGACGCCAGCCCCCCACCCCACCCCGGGGAUGUGCAGUGACAGCCCUGAGCUGGCCCAGCAGCUUUCCCCAAGGCUGCACUGGGGGCAGAGGGUGGGUUUGGGGGAGCAGAGUGCAGGGCAUUGAAGCCGGGGAAACAGGAUCUGUUGGUCAAGGGGGGCUAGAAUUGGGGGAGCAGGUGCAUAGGCCAGGGUCUGGGGAGAGGUGGCCUGGGCACCUAGCACAUGGGGGAACCCCAGCUUCCCAUCCCUGCAUCACAUACCUUCCCCUGCAGGGUGGGGGUCUGCAGGGUUGGCAUGUGCCCCCUGGCCUGUCCCCACCCUACUCCCUGGCAGCAGGCAGAAGGGCAUGCUGGGGGUGCCCUAAGUGCAGUGGCAUCUCGGCUCUACCCACAGAACUUUAAAAAUAGAGCCGUGGUAAAGUCCGUCUCUGCAGACCACAGCCUACCCAGAGCUAAGAAUAUUCUUGAACCACUUAAUAAUUCAAGUUGGAUCCAAAUAGAUUUUCCUGUUCACCUGUGGGCCACUAUGUCCCUCUCCCAGGUCCCCACCCUGCCUGGGGGCUGGGAGGGAGAGACUCCAAGGAGGCUGGUGGGCCAGGCCUGUGGAGCUUCUGAGACCCCCGCCGGUCCUCCAUCCCCUCUCCUGUGGCACUCAGGAUCAGAAGAUGCACCAGGGCUAGAGUGUCCUUUAGGAUCUGGCCAAGGUCAGGCCCCAGGAAGGGGCCCCUCUGGCCAUCCUAGCUGUCCCAAGCCCCACCCCUGCUCUGGCCACAGGCAUCAGACUGUUCAAAUCUGGGUCUGAGCUGGGCUGUGGCCCCUUGACAGCAUCUCGCCUGAGUCACACACCUCCCGUGGCAGCCCUGGCCUCCAGGAGAGCCAGCCUUGCCCCUGACAUCCUGGUGGCUGGUGUACACCCACCCCAGGGCCUGUGCCCUGCUUUCUCUGCAGUAGAGUCACUGAAAGACUUGGCCUGGGGCUCUUGUCCUGGCAGAAGAGGUUGUGACAGGCAACCAGAGCCCUGGGUUCCAGACCAAGGCUUCUGUCCUUGUGUGCUAUGUGUGCUUGGGUAAGCCUCUUCACCUCUCUGAACCUCUUAUCAGUGGGAUGGAUUGUGACCAGUGCUUUAAGAAUAAGCCAUAGUGUUUGGGGUAGGAAGGGGUGUCUGACGGGUGCCCUGACGCCUGAGUCACUCUCCUCCAGGGGCAGUGCCCCAAGAUGCAGACACUUCUCACCCACCCCUGUCUCCCCCAGGCUCUGGUCUUUCAAACAGGAACUCAGAGUGGAGGGGUGCUACCUGGGAAUGCUUGGGGGAGCCCACACUUGCUGGCAGGGAGGUGCUCACCAGCCUGGCCCCCCAACACGCAGUCUCCACUCAACUACCCUGGCCAGGCCCCAAAUGGAGUUUUACCAAAUUAUUAGUUAAGAGCAAAGCCACACGGCAGCGCUGACAUCCAAAUGAAUAGCACACGGUGUAAUUAGGCGAGGUGUCAUAGAGAUGAUGGAGCGCAGCCUGCUAUCCCCGAUUCACCUCCUCAGGAAGGAGGAGCAACUUCUCCUGUCACCAUGGGCCGCUGGUGUGGCCAGUUGGGGGUGCGGCUGGAGGGGCCAACUGAUAGCUGUUGCGGGCACCACAGUCCCCCAGGUACAGGCACCCCUUCCCCUCCCAUUGCCAUGGGCAGAGCCCAAAGGGAGUAAAGUAUAGAAAGGGGCAGACAAGGUGGGAGGCAGGCUAGGGCAGGAAGGAUGAAGACCAGGACACAUCCUCAGAUAGACCCAGAGCAGCCCAGAGAGGGACCUGGAGGGAGCACAGGAGGGCCGAGAGGGGCCUGGGAGGAGGUGCAGAAUCCAGGAAGACAGGACAGGCCCUGGGGCCCUACCCUGGGGUUGCCUGGGCCCAACAGAGAGCUGGGAGCAGGCAGCAGCUUGGAAAUUUUUGGUUUGGUUUUUUAGCUACUGAGUCACUCUCUCCUCCAGGGCCGGUGCCCAAGCUGCCGACACCCCUCUGUUUUUUAGUUACUUACCCCUGGUUUAUUCACCCCUUAGUUUUUAGUUACUUAUAUUUCAUGUAUUUUUUGGUUGUUUAAGACAGAGUCUUGCUCUGUCCCUGAGGCUGGAGUGCAGCAGUGCAAUCUCUACUCACUGCCACCUCUGCCUCCUGGUUCAAGCCAUUCUCCUGCCUCACCCUCCCAAGUAGCUGGGAUUACAGCUGUGUACCACCAUGCCUGGCUUUUUUUUCUAUUUUUAGUAGAGACGGGGUUUCACCAUGUUGGCCAGCCUAGUCUUGAACUCCUAACCUCAAGUGAUUCACCACCUUGGCCUCCCAAAGUGCUGGGAUUACAGACAUGAGCCACUGCACCUGGCUUCAUGUAUGUUUUUAAUGAAGUCAUAAAUGUACGGUUUGAAUGGUCAGAUAGUACUACGAGGCUUCGAAUGAAACCAGCCCUCCGUUCCUGACACACCUUCUUAGAGGCAACCUGCUCUGUGAUUGCAGCUGAUUUUUUUUGGUAUUUACUUCUGAAUAGCCAUCCUCAUGUCGCUGCUGCUGCUACUUUUUUUUUUUCUCCUUUUCUUUUCAGAUGUAGAAAUGUAUCCAUGUCCUUCCCGCCAUGGCAGUUGAAGGCUUGUUCUCUCACACAUGCCCCCCCGCCCAACACUCUCCCACCAUCUUCUCCUUUUCAUUGAAUCAGAAUGCAAUGUGUGCAUUACUGUUUCUCAGCAUACACCCUUCCCAGCUGAGUAAUUAUUGUAAUUGCAUUUCUUUUCUUGAACAACCUCUUAUUUUUCCUGGACUUAAUAACUGCCUCAUUUAGGGGACUGGACUGAUAUUCUCUGUACCCAUUACUUAUUUAGCCCCAAACCCUGCCAUGGAAGUAUAAAUCUCCUUUUGCUUCAUUAAAAACAUCCGGCCAGUCUGGGCACAGUGGUUCACGCCUGCAAUCCCAACACUUUGGGAGGCCAAGGCGCGAGAAUUGCUUGAGCCCAGUAGUUCGAGACCAACCUAAACAACACAGCAAAAACCCAUCUCUAUCACUGUUUUUUAAAGUAAAAGAUAUUUUAAAAAUUAAAAAUAUCCAAGCCAGGCAGGUGGCUCACGUCUGCGAUCCCAGCACUUUGGUAGGUCAAGGCGGGUGGAUUAGUUGAGGUCAGAAGUUUGAGACCAGCCUGGCCAACAUGGCAAAACCCCAUUUCUACUAAAAAUACAAAAAUUAGCCAGGUGUGGUGGUGGGUGCCUGUAAUCCCAGCUAUUCUGGAGGCUGAGGCAGGAUAAUGGUUUGAAGCAGGGAGGUGGUGGUUGCAGUGAGCCAAGAUCGCAUCAUUGCACUCCAGCCUAGGCCACAGAGCGAGACUCUUGUCUCAAAAGAAAAAAAAAAAAAUCCAGCCAUUGAUGAAUGUCUUCCUUCACUUGGCCUGUGGCAGCCAGCCUGCCGGAUGGCCACUUCGACCCCCACUUCCUGGAGUUUGUGCUACAUAGAACAGGAUCGGUCGGUGUGGCCAACAGAUUGUCAGAAGCGAUGGUGCAUCACUCAUAGGAUUGAGUCCUGGAACGUGUUGUCACUUUCAUGUUGGUGGCACGUGCCCUCUCUCUGCCUCUCCUCAUCCUCUUUGAGGGAAGUCAGCCACUGUGUCCUAAGCCACUUCAUGGAAGGGUCUGCAUGACAGGGAAGGAAGCCUCCUGCCCUCAGCCUUGUCAGGAGCCGUUUGAAAGUGACUCCUCCAGCUCUGCUCAGCCUGCAGCUGCCUUCAGCUCCGGUCAGCCCGGGACAGGAGCCUCACGAGGGCCCGAUCCAGAGUCUGUGUCUGGGUCCCCAUCCCUUCGGAACUGUGGGGGAUGGUGAAUCUUUGCUCUGGGAUAAUUUGUUAUGCAGCAAAAGAUAAAAGGCACAGAGUUUCCUCCUGUAUCUCUCCUAGUCGCCUGGUAUACCUGCUGUACCAUCUAUCACCAAGGCCUUCCCCAACCCCAUGCUGGGACUUCCUUUCCCUGCAUCCCCGACCCUAUACAAUCGCUCCCCUACUUGGAUGCUGGGCACCUUCCAGUGCCUUCCUGAGAGAUGUAUGAGAGCUUCGAGCCCGUCCUCACUUCCCACCCAGAAACCAAUGCCGCAGGAAGACUGGGCAUGCGGCGGAAUUUUUAAGCUGCCUGUAAGAGUUCUGGUAUUAGUCGUUGGCUUUUGUUUCUAAGGCACAUGGAUGCCACGAUGUUGCAUGUCUGUCACAGGUACAGCAUGAAUGGCAUUCCCACAUUCCACGACUUGUGAGUCCCCGUUACUGUGGGGAUGAGAUUCCUCCUCUGGGCCUGCCUCCCUGUACGGGACUGUGCUGCCGCUGUCCUCGGUGCUGAAGUGAAAGCUGGGGCUGAGCCUCUCCUCCAGCCUCACGCCUCUUCAUCUUCCACCCAGAUUUCCCUCUAUUCCUGCCCAAGACCCCCUCCCUGGGAAGCAGACCCCAGGCCAUCCUCAAGAUCACCGCCCCCGGCCCCCAACCCUCCUCCCAACGCAGGCUGUCUCUCCCAGGCCUUGCCUCUCUGCCAGGUAGUCUUCCUCCGCAGGGGGCUCCGUCACACAGCCCCGGCAGACAGCUUGCAUCCUGGAGUCUCAGCACAUGGGUGUCUGAGUGGAGAUACCCUGUGUAUAAUCAGAACCCUCCAGGUUGCAUGUGACAAAAACCAACUUAAGCAAACCUGGGGCCUCAUUCGUUCACUCUGGGAGGCAGCACCGGUGCUGCAUGGCCUGGCCCCGGCUCCCUCUCUCUCCAGGAGGCUGCUCCCUCAUCAGCCCAGCCUCACUUCCUCAAAGCAAGCCCUGCUGUCCCAGCGGCCCCAGUGAAAGCCCCAGGCUGACGCUCAUUGGCUGGCUAGGCUUGAGUCACAUGCCUUCCCCUGAACCCCUCACUGUGGCCUGGGGCCGGGGUCCAAGUGCCCAGGGCCUGAACCAGCCUCAGGCCACCUUGUGGAGCAGAGGACUUCUCAGGAGAACAGCACCAUUGCCAGGAGAAGGCACACCUGGUUGAGAAAACCAAGGUCAGGGGACCUUCUCCAGAAGGGUCAGUGGCUUCAGGAUCUCUCACGAAGCUUCAUCUCCAAGGCCUGUGGAGAGCCACGGUGUCUCAUCUUGUCUCCAGGUAAUUCCAUUCCAGUGCCAGCAGGGAACAGCAUGAUUAAGGUUCCAUUAUUAACUUGCCAAUCUUGUUUCUGGGGCACAGACGCUAACAGCUUAGGGGACCCAGUUGGCAUAUAACGAGGUCUCCAUGACAAAUUACUUGGUUAUCAAUUAACUAUCCUGGGAAAUGUCAAGCAGAAUCCGUCAUGCUGGUAGGGAGAGGGAGCCAAUUAACCCAGGGCAGUUCGUCCAACCCACAGUCACUGCGUCCAGCAGGGCCAGGAAUGAGAGAAAGGCCCUGUGGAGCCCUGAGUGGAGCGGGCCCCUCCACCCCCCAGGGCCAGCAUGACACUGGCGGCAGCUUCUGUAGUCAGGCCUCAAGAUCCUGGCGCACCACUCUUGACUGCACCUGCUUCUGUCUUCAUUCCACAGUCACCGGCAUGUCACACCUAGACCGGGCACGGGUGGGAGAGGUGACUGAGGGCUGGGGUUACAAAGGGACACACCGCAGACAGGUGUUCAUGGAUCGUGUGGUCUUCUCUGAUCAAGAUGGGCAACAGCGUCCUCAGGACAGGGAGGAGAGAAGAGUGCAUUCUAAAGGGUGGUGGGGGAAGAGAGCAUCAAGGAGCUGGCAGGAGGAGGGAAGAGUUUGUUCUAAAAGUGGGAAGGGGUGACAGAGAGCAUCAUGGAGCUGGGAGGAGAGUUUGUUCUAAGCGGGGAGGGGCAGAGAGCAUCACAGAGCUGGCAGGAGGAGGGAAGAGUUCAUUCUAAGCCAGGGCAGGGGCCAGGACAGAGAGAGUGCGUCACAGAGCUGGGAGGUGGAGGAGGAGCAGCCAGGUCCCUGGGACGAGGGGCCGGGUGGGUGGCUACCAGGCAGAGGGUGCCAAGGCACAGCAUGGAUGGGCUGCUCCAGGUUUGGGGCAAGGGAUCAUUGGCUGUGCACUGUCAGGACCUGAGCAGAAUCUGGCUCUGUCAUUGCUGUGCUGGGAGACCUUGAUACAGUUUAGUAAAACCUGGCAGAGCGUCCAUUUUCUUAUCUAUAAAAUGGGGACGAUCAUCCCCAGUUCCCAGGAGUGUUGUGGGAACUAACGGUGCUUGGCUCUCAUUUGGUGCUGGCUGAACCUGUUCCUCCUCCUCCUCCCUGCAAGGGAGGCCUUGGGCCCCCCUCACUGGUGAAGGCUCACAGGUGCACAUUCAGGGGCAGGGAGCAGGCGGCUUGGGCUGACAGCUAGCACAUGGACAGGCCAGGGGCUGAGGGGCAGGGGUUGGGGACUCUGGUCACUUACCAAGGUCAAAGCCCAGGACUUCUUAGGUUUGGCUUUGUUUUCAGCAAAGAACCCAGGGUUGCCUGGGAUGCAUCCCACCCUGGUAAAGCCAGUGACCAAGCCCUGGCCCACCCUGUUCCCAGGCCUUGGCCUGUGCCCCCACCCCGCCCCUCUGGUAGUCCCCUCCCCUUGCCUACUUGGCAGAUGAUUGGCAGCUGCCUCUUCCCAGCCCCCCAAGCCGUGGCAGAGCCUGGAGCCUAUUCAUGACAUGGACAUAUGGCACCUCCAUGGGGGGGCUCAGGAGAAACUGCCAAUUGCGAGAGUGCAGCGUGUCCCCAUUCCGGCCCUGCCGGAGCACAGCAAACACAAGCCCUGAAGGGAGCAGAGGCGGCCCGGGGGCGUGCGCGUGUGUGCGGGUGCGCCUGUGUGUCUGCAGCUCACACUGCGGGGGCGCUGGGAGGAGGGGAGGCUGCCUGCUCCUCUGGAGUCUGUGGCUUUCAGAUGCCUGGGGGCUCGGCUACUGGGGUCCUAAGGAGGCGAGCUGCUCCCCUCUGCCCAGCAGGCUUUGCUUCUCAAGCCUGGAGCCUCCUCUCCCAUCCCCACGUCUCUCACCCGGGACAGUGGGCUAGAGGCCGUGAACAGCCCGAGAGCAGAUCUUGGAGAUGGUCUCAUUCUUUCUGGAAUCAGGAUGUUCCGCCCAAGGUCUAGCCCAAGUCUUCUGUUUUAUUGAAGGGGGCGCCACCCCCCCAUGUUAGUGGGGGCACUGCAGCCACCAGUGCACGGCCCCUCGGCCCCUGCCCCAUGCUGGGCUUGCCCUCCAGUGCCCACCUGGGGACCUGUGCUCCUGUGGCAGUGUAGGGUACAGGGAGAGCCCAGCCAAAGGCCAGGCUCCGGGGGUCUCAGCACUCUCCCCUCCUGACCUAGGGCUGGAGGCUGCUGCCAUGGAAACCAGGCCUGUCCACUCACGGGCCAUGUGUGUCCAGGGGCCGUGGCCACCACUUCCUAGCACCCAGCUCUGCCCCCUGCCCCCGUCUGUGGGAGGGAGGGUGAGCCUGGGGCCCCAGAGGCUGAGGCACUCAGGCUACAGGUAAGGGGCCUGCCCCCUGACCCCCAGCUGAGGGGCUGACCCUCUGUGCUGCUGGGAAGCUCCGAACCCUCCCAUGCACUUCGGGAAGUGGCAGCCUCUGUGGGUGUCUCCGUGGCAUCCAUCAGCCUCCUUGUGGCUGGGGCCUGGGGGCAGAACCUGAACACUUUGAGUCUUUCCCGGGGGGGGCGGUCAGGGAGGCGAGGGUGCAGCCCGUUAGAGAGUGGCAACCCAUUAGUUCCCUCCCAGGAGUGGUGCGGGGGGCGGGGUGCAGGUGGAGAGGGGACGACACUGUGUCCCCAGCACUGGUGGGUGCCUGGGUGUCCUGAUCUGUCUGUAGCCUGGCCUUGGAUGAGGGGCCUCUGCCCCGGCCGGGUGGGUGUUUCGGGGCCCAGGCCCCUUUGCCUGGCAGCGUGCACACCCGCCACAGGCGCUGGGCCUACCGAGUUGCAGGCACCGCUGUGCAUCCAAGCAUCUGCUGCCACCGUCUCGGGGCAGAUGGGCUGCCAGUGAGCUAAGUGUGUGCGGGGGAAGGGGUGCCAUAACUCCCCGCCGGGAGUGCGGGGGCGGGAGAGGCAGGCACCCGCCAGUGGGGGAGCCAUCAGAAGGAGGGGGGCCGGGAUCACAUGGGCUCCAGGGUUGGGGAGAGACCGGUGCAGCUGGUUUCUGGACAAGGGACUCAGGUGGGCCCAGCCUCUGGGGACGCAGAGCCUUAGAGGUCCUGAUGAGGGCUGGGAGGCCUGUUACCCCUGACCAGGUGGCCCUGGGCAAGUCCCUUCCUUCUGCAGGCCUCGGGCCCCAGCCUUGUGUGUGGAUGGUCUGGAGGGUGCCUUCCCACUCCGGAGCCCCGUGCCUUGGCAGAAUGAAGGUAUCCUCCACGCACAGAUGCCCGCCAUCUGCAGGGGCCUCCUGCCGGGGGUGCCAGCACACCCUGCCAGACUGAUCCGGGCACGUGGGCUACACCUCCGCCCUUGCUCCAAGGCCUUGGCUCCCAGAAAGGCUGGGGCCAUGCUGUGUGUUAAGUGAGGCCACUUCGGAGCUUGCCAGCUUCCCCCAGGCCCUACCUGGCCACAGCAGGAGCCCGAGGUGAGGAGACCUGCCAGGCUGGGCAGGAUGCCGGCCAGGGUAGAAGAUCCCACCCUGCCCCUGCUGCCUCCAAAGCCCAUGGCACUGGACCCAAGACCCCUCAGGAGCACUGGGACCCAAGGAAGGAGGGAGUGUGGGAGAGUUGGCAAGGAAACAGCCUAAGACCACCAACAGCCAUGGGAGCCAAUUUGGGGUGUCAGGAGGGCCUUGAGCAGAGAGGGGGACCCCACAAACCCUCCAGCAUCCCUGCUCCCAGAGGGCGGUGCCCACCCAGGGCUUUUCUUUCAUGAUGGCAGUAAACAGGGCACAGCUGUCUGUGCUCGGUCCCUGUCGCGUGCUAGAGGCUGCUCUGAGCACUCAGCCCUUCUGUGAUUGGCACAGGAAUGCUAAGAGCCGCCCUUAUGCCCACUAGACAGAAGAGGGUACUGAGGCUGAGCAAGCUGGGGCAGCUGGCCCGUGCCGGGGGCUGAUUAGUGGCUGAGCUGGAAUUUGAGCCCGAGUUCUGCUGGACCCCUUGGGCUCCCAGUCCAGAGUACCCCACUGGAAGGGCACGUGUCCUCCAGGAGAGGCUGCUGGUGCUUCCAGAAGUGCAGGGAAUCAGGGCAGGUGGCCUGCUGUGCCCCCGCCCCCUCCGAGCCAAAGCCCCCCCCCCUCCGCCCAUGGC